GCGACACGUAGCUCCGGACCGUGGAGCUCCAUCCCAACAUCAUCUAUUGAAUCGCAGACAACCGCUCCGGACAAAUUGUGAAGAUUAAAGGAUGCCGCGUCUAUUGUCGACGGCGCUUUCGCUGCGACAGGACCCUAGAGUUCUAAAGGCACCCCCAUACAUUUCUUUCAUAUGCAUCCUCGUCGGCUUUGCGUGGUUGCUCAUGUUGCCCCUUGACGAGUACUCUAGACGAACGUAUAUUUCUGAAAAUGCACUACUUCCUGGCCAGGUUCAUACAUAUUUCGGGGGAAGCGAGGAGAAUGUACUGCGAGCGUACCGGGAAGAAGUCGACACUCUGCGAGAUGCUGACAACUACAGUAUCAACAAUCAUGUUGAAGUCAUGCUGAAAAACAUUGGGCUCAAAGUCGGUCGACAGAAUUAUACGUACCACUCGGCUGGCGAGGUCCUGAAUGGCGAAAACGUUUACGGUAUUCUUCAGGCUCCCCGAGGAGAUGCAACAGAAGCAAUCGUGCUUGUCGCGGCUUGGAAGAAUACUGCUGAUGCAGUAAACCGCAAUGGAGUUGCACUCGCAAUGACACUUGCUCGUUACUUCAAACGCUGGUCUUUGUGGUCCAAGGACAUCAUUCUUGUCAUACCUCCAGAUAGCAAGAGUGGGACACAAGCCUGGGUCGACGCCUACCAUGAUGCCCAUGACCCCAACAAGGUGGCACCGCUACCAAUCAAAUCUGGUGCUCUACAAGGCGCUCUCGCCAUUGAUUAUCCGUUUGAUAACAAGUUCGAAAGCCUUCACAUUGUUUACGAUGGUACAAACGGCCAGCUACCCAAUCUCGAUCUUAUCAACUCAAUCGUGAACAUCGCUGGUGGACAAAUGGGGAUCGACACUGGUAUCCAGGAUUUGGAGAAACACGCGAACAACUACCAAGAUCGUUUGCAGACAAUUUUCAGAGGAAUGCUGCGCCAAGGUCUUGGAUACUCUACCGGGCCUCACAGCUGUUUCAUUCCCUAUCAUGUGGACGCCGUUACUCUCCAGCCACGGGGUGAAGGCUGGCACGAUGAAAUGGCGAUGGGCCGUGUCGUAGAGGGGACCUUCCGCAGCCUUAACAAUCUGCUGGAACAUUUGCACCAGAGCUUCUUUUUCUAUCUCUUGAUGCACAAAGAUCGCUUUGUCAGCAUCGGCACAUACCUGCCGAGUGCUAUGCUGCUAGCAGCCAACUUUAGCAUCAUGGCAAUUUUCCUCUGGGUCAAAUCCGGGCAGCCACCAGCUCCAUUGAAAGAGAAGGAUUUUAAAAGCAAGUCAGCUACCAGAGGUGUUUCAAUUUCUACACCAGCCGUUGAACGUGACCUGUUUCUGCCAUGUGCAGUUGUUGUGCUUGGCCAUGCUCUUUCGACCAUUCCGCUGUACUUGUUUAACAACCUCUCCGCCAAGGUACGCUUCUAUUGUUAAAACAUUACUUCCUGAUCUAACAUUUUAGACUCUGGCCCCUGCCUUCACAGUAUUCACGGUAGCCUCCGCGGCGUUGCCUGUGGCAGCAUCACUUGUUCUAUCCUGCUACAAGCCAACAGUGCAGCAGUACCAGCUCAUUAAAUCAUUCUCUUUGCUAUUUUUGGGCAUGUCACUUGCAACCCUUGCCACGCUAAACUUCUCUUUGGCAUUCCUGGUUGGUAUAGUUUGCAGCCCGUUGAGCUUCGUCCAGUCAAGCACAAACCCAUUCCUGCGGUGGACACUAGCUGGCAUAAUGAGCAUCGUCUCCCCGGCCACGCUGCUGCAAGUCAUUUGUCAAAUUACAGGAAUUAGCGCUGAAAGCAUUUUGACUGAAGCGAGCUUCGGUUGGGAUGUAUGGGGCAUGUAUACACCGGUCGUAAUUUGGUGCGUAUGGUGGCCCGCUUGGCUGAUAGGAAUGAUCAAUGUGCUAGGAACUGCAUAGAAUGUACAGCGACGAGCGGUUACUGAUAAGAAUUUAUAAAUUCUCAGCUGUAUUAAUACAAGAAGUUGCCCCUAGAGUUCGUUGUGUGAAGGUCGCUGGGGGACUGACGACGCAAGGUACUCUAUUGAUUCUUUUUUUUCAUUGAUAUCUAUGCCGCCCAAACGUCACCACCAGCCUUUUCAAUCCAGUUUCCGAGCUUGUUCACGUUGGAGUCCCAGUCCAACAGUCUCUCUCGCAUACCAGCAAUCUGUCUCAUGUCUAAAACCUUGGGCUGCACCCAUGUGAUGUGUGCCACUUCAUUCACCUGGUCAAUGGUGCCACGGAGUAGUCCCAAGCUCAAGGCUUUCAUAAUAAGAUGUUCUAUUUCGUUUGGUCGUACUUUCGUUUCUUGAGCAAUGGUCGUAAAAGACAUGUUUCGGUCAUGAGGCGGUCGGCGAAAGACGGCCUCUGUCAAAGCGGCCAAGUAUAUCUUUUGUCGCAAAUGUGUAGAGUUGUCGUCCAGCAACUUGUUCGAUUCGAUUCGAUCGGAUAAUUGUUCGUAGGCCGCUAAAUCUCCACGGUUAUAUGCGAAGAGCAGAUCUCGUAGCCAUGAGUCAUCUUCGCUUUCAGCCAAUGCAUCGAGAAUGGGGUGCAGAAGAAGUUCGCCAAAGUUGUAAAUGCUAUUCGAAACAAGUGCAGCAACGCUUAGAUAGUAAGCUCGUCGGUGACGCUCCUUUCCGGUCAUAGCCUCAAGAUCGACACAGGCGAGGUAGAGGAGCGCAGUACGAUAAUAGUUGGCAAAGUCCAUCUUACGCUGCAGUGUUGCCAUUAGACGAGUUGCUUGAGAGACGACAACAGAGAACAUUACCUGGUAGUAACUAGCGUUUGCAUCGUAGAAGGCGGCGUGAACAAUAACCUCAACGGAGUCAAAAGAAUCCAAGAUUUUCUCAGCCCUAUCGAGGUCCUUUCUUGCGUCAUCUAGCUUAUUCAAGCUGAGCUUGACCUGGGCGACCGCCACUGAAGCGUAGACCAGAGCGUCUUGAGAGUCAGGUGUGUCGACUUUCUUAGCAACAGCUUGUAGGAAUACUAGUCGUUCAUUAUCAUCUAGAUUAUCAUGUUAACAUAGGCGCUUUAACCACGUACGACUAGAUCUGUACCCUUGCAUUGUGUUGCGGCCUUCAAAGCAAGAUCGACAAGCUUUAAUUUGUUGAUCUUGUCCGCAAACUUGAGGAUGAAAACUUUGUAAAAGGCCAAUCGUUGCGGGCCACUACCAGGAUGGUCGAAAAACUUGAUGAGAGCAUCGGUCAACUGGUGCCAGAGUUUGCGCUCCCAGAAGUUCUCAAAGUCAAGGAUGAGGGGUUGAAGCUCUUCUGGAGCUUCAUCUCGCUGUUCUGCGAGGAAAUCGGGAAUGUCGUCUUUACUCAUUUUAAUCCUAGAGAUUUCGACAGAUCAACUGAUGCUAUUGCCGUCGGCAGAAUGACAGAAGGUGACGGGGCGAAGUCGAUUGAUACGUGGAGGGUUUAUGAUGACUUGCAAGCCAGACCAGCUGCAUUGAAGGUGAGCCGACAGCGCUGACUGUGCACACGCGCG